UACAUAAUAGUAUGUUUCAUAUUUGUGGGGAAACUGUUCACACCGCACCACGUCAGUGGAAUUUGGGCUUGGAAGAUCUACAAACGUCAAACGUGGAACACGAAAGCUUUUCAAUAUUUGCAGACGAUCGAAGAUUUACGAUACUGAACAGGUCACCCAACAUGUCUCACCGCAAUCGUCAUCAUAACAAAAACAAUGCACAAUUGGCAAAUCCGUGGCAUAAGAAUAGCGCCGGUAGCGAUGAAUCCAGCAACAAACAAUCUCGAGUGGGCCCAGCUGUCGCUAGUAAGAAAGCGUCUCAAGUGGAUUCAACCUUCGUGAAGCAGUCUGCGGAAAAGUUCCAGCAGGCUCAUCAGAAGCAUGUUGAGUCAGCCAAAAAGUACACACAGCAGUAUGAAUCAAGUGAUGAGGAAGAUGAGGCUGGCCCAUCGCAGGAUAUUCUUGGAAAUGUGUUGAAGAACUAUGCUGGUGCAGGGAUGGACAUUGGAAGAACGCAGGAAUAUCUUCAGAAUUUACUUGAAUCUCGUUCAGCUGUAUGCCUGAUUUGUAUUGGGACAGUAAAGCGAGCGGAUUCGAUAUGGUCCUGCCAGAGCUGCUUCACCUUUUUCCAUUUAUUGUGCAUUCAGCGAUGGGCGAACGACAGUAUUUCGUUGAAACGUAUAAGUCAUGAACAGCAGGAAGGAUAUUACAACAAUAUGGGGGAAUAUGUUCCGAAGCCUGCACUUUCGAUACACUGGGAUUGUCCCAAGUGUCGUAAAGAGUAUGAACCAGUCGAUAUACCGAGACACUAUGAUUGCUUCUGUGGGAAAGAACAGAAUCCGCAAAACCAUCUGUGGUUGAUUCCCCAUUCCUGUGGUGAAACAUGUAAAAAGCGGCUUGUUCCCAAUUGUGGCCACAGCUGCGUAUUAUUGUGCCAUCCUGGUCCGUGUCCGCCGUGCCCACAAACCAUAUCCGUAGCGUGCAAAUGUGGUCAGUCGGCUAUGAAAACAAUUCGCUGCUCGCAAAGAUCCUGGACCUGCCUCAAAACGUGCAAACAAAAACGUAAUUGUGGCAUUCACGAGUGUGGUGAAAUUUGUCACUCGUCAAAUGAAUGCCCACCUUGUAAAAGUCGUAGCAAGCAAAAGUGUCUCUGUGGAGCUAAAACCAAGGAAGUCAACUGCUUCGAAUCUCGUUGGCAAUGCGGCAAGGUGUGCGACAAAAUGUAUCCUUGUGGUUUGCAUCAAUGUGAGCAGGGAUGCCACGAAGGUGAAUGUGGCGAAUGUCCAAUGGGAUUGCCGAGGACUUGCCCAUGCGGCAAAACUAACUCCGUUGCGGCUUGUUCGGAGGACAUUGGCACUUGUGGAGACACAUGUCAAAAGUUUCUGGACUGUGGGAAUCAUAGAUGUAGCGAGCGGUGUCACCUCGGGAACUGUGGGCAAUGCAUGGAACUGGUCAGAAAGCCCUGUCGAUGUGGAAACAUGACAAAAGAGGUGGCUUGUUACAAACAGCUAGGUUGUGAAACAAAAUGUAAGAACAUUAGAAGCUGUAAUAAACAUCCUUGCAAUAAGAAAUGUUGUGACGGACAAUGUCCUCCUUGCGACAAAUUGUGCGGAAAAACACUGCCAUGUGGAAAGCAUAAGUGCACUUCAUUGUGUCACCAAGGCCCUUGUUAUCCGUGUAAUCAGAAAGCUACGAUUAAAUGCAGAUGUACCGGAACUACGUUAGAAGUUCCAUGCGGACGCGAGAAGAAAGCCGGAUCAAUCAAAUGUCGUUUACCAUGUCGAAUUGCAUCAAAAUGUCAUCAUGUUAAUCCUCAUAACUGCCAUCAAGGAGAUUGUCCAUCUUGCCAGAAAGUAUGUGGACUGAAAAACGAAACAACCAAUUGUGAGCAUCCUUGUGAAGCCAAGUGUCACGAUGCCGUCAAAGUUGUAACCAAGGAUAAAAACUUCAAACCAGUCGGGCCGUGGGAUACUCCAAUGGAGAUUGUUGAAAUAAAAAAAUUGCCACACCCACAAUGUGAAGUCAAAGUCCUUGUAACGUGUAUUGGAGGUCACGAAACGUCACUUUGGCCAUGCUACAAUUCUAAACCAACAUCUUGUGGUAGAGAAUGUGGAAGAGCACUUAAAUGUGGAGUUCACACAUGUCCUAAACAAUGCCACGUAGUCAAAGAUCUCACCUCUACCGAGGAGGAACCGAAGUGUCAGUCAUGUAGAGCGGGAUGUGUCAUCGCAAGACCAAACGGAUGCAUCCAUCCGUGUAAAAGACCCUGUCAUCCACCGCCCUGCAAUCCUUGUCAGGCGCCUACGAAAGCCACAUGUCAUUGCGGUUUGAUGCAAAUUUUCUACAAAUGCCACGAAUUCUAUUGUGACGACAAGACCGAAGAUGAAUUGAAACAGUGCAGAGAACAAAUGCUCAGCUGUGACCAGAAGUGUAUUAAGAACUUUCCCUGUGGUCAUCGCUGCAAUUCUACGUGUCACUCCGGCGAAUGUCCCAAUCCAGAAUCGUGCAACAAAAAGGUGAAAAUUACUUGCGAAUGUCGUACCCGAAAAAUGGAAGUAAACUGCAAUGCUGCGCGAAUGAAAACUAAAUCGUUGGAGUGUGACGAGCACUGCGAAAUGGUCAAACAGACUAGAUUGCGCGAGCGCACCGACAAAGAGAAACUUCAGCGCGAACAGGAAGAAGCGGAAAAUCAGCGUGCGCUGGAGGAGUACGAGAAGAAGUUCGGACCAAAAAAGUACAGGGAACGGAGACGAACCCAGGUGGAGGAAUCCAAAGAUACGAAUUACUUAGUGUAUGGUGUUGUAGCCGGUGCAAUUGUUGUGCUGGGUGUAAUUGUUUAUUUUAUUUUCGCCUAAGAGGAAAUUAUUGUCAUUUAAUUCAAAAACUGGUCUAAGCUACAUGUAAGUUAAGCGUGA